AAUAGUGUUUAGUGAGCGACUCCUCUUGUCCCUUGGCACUCUACAUUAACCCCAUGGCUUCUCCUCUCCUCUCAUCUCCUCUCGCGCUUCUUCGUUCACAACUCCUCCCUGCAAACGCUCUUCGCCUUUUUUCCUACUCUUUAACAAAAGGAAAGAGUGUGCGUAGGUUUCAGUCAUUCUCUCCAAUGGCGUCUCAGCUGAAAGAGUCUGCUGCCAACAAUCCUGGUCUUCAUGAAGACACUGCCGAUGCCACCAAAGGCUAUUUCAUGCAGCAAACUAUGUUUCGAAUCAAAGAUCCCAAAGUCAGCCUCGAUUUUUACUCUCGGGUCUUGGGCAUGAAGCUCCUAAAGAGGUUGGAUUUUCCAGAUAUGAAGUUCAGUUUGUACUUUUUGGGUUAUGAGGACACAAAUACAGCUCCUACUGAUCCAACCCAACGGACAGUAUGGACAUUUGGUCAGAAGGCAACAAUAGAACUUACCCAUAACUGGGGCACUGAAACUGAUCCUGACUUUAAAGGCUACCACAAUGGCAACAGUGAACCUCGUGGAUUUGGUCAUAUUGGAAUUACUGUUGAUGAUACAUACAAGGCCUGUGAACGCUUCGAGCGCUUGGGAGUGGAGUUUGUGAAAAGACCAGAUGAUGGAAAAAUGAAAGGUUUGGCAUUCAUUAAAGACCCUGAUGGCUAUUGGAUAGAAAUAUUUGAUCUAUCUAGGAUAGGGCAAAUAGCAGCCAAUGCUGCUUAAUAAAGAAUUGGAGAAAAGAGCACGCAGUGAUGGUCUUCAUAGUAUCAUAUUUGGUCCUGCUGGUAUGCCUGGAAAUACAAGUUCCUAUGUUCCUGUUAUUCUGUUUGAUAUGACAAAAUUGAAGGCAUUCUAUGACCGAUAAAAAAAGUAAUGCAGCAUCAUGUGAUGACUAAAUAAACAAGUUGAGAUGGUAAUGGAAAUGUACCCUCUUUACACGGUCAGGCAGUGAAAUGUUGCUGUAAAUCCUUGAGUAUCAGUUUCUAUAAGUUUUUACUAUUAUUUGUAUAUAGAUCAUCUUUAUGUUGUGGUUA